UUUUCUCUCUCUCUCUGCUACGCCGCCUUUGCUUCCCUUUCUCUAAAUAAAAAAUCCCAAACUGACCAACAAAAACAGAGCAUAUAGUUUUUUCUUUCAAUUAAGAGUUCAAGCUGGCGAUCGAAAAUCGAGAAUCCAUUGUCCGUGAAAUCAAGCCCAAGAACAGAAGAAUCAUGGGUGCUGGUGGGCCUGAUGAAGAAGACAACAGGUGGCCGCCAUGGUUAAAACCUUUGUUAAGGGAACAUUUCUUUGUUCAAUGCAAGCUUCAUGUUGAUUCUCACAAGAGUGAAUGCAAUAUGUACUGCUUAGAUUGUAUGAAUGGCGCUCUCUGCUCUUUUUGCUUAGCUUGUCACAAGGACCAUCGCUAUAUUCAGAUAAGAAGGUCUUCAUACCAUGAUGUGAUAAGGGUGUCUGAGAUUCAAAAAUACCUAGACAUAUCUGGAGUUCAAACAUAUGUUAUCAACAGUGCUAAGGUUGUUUUCAUCAAUGAAAGGCCACAGCCAAGGCCUGGAAAGGGUGUCAUCAACACCUGUGAAGUCUGUGAGCGUAGCCUUGUCGACAACUUCAGAUUUUGCUCUCUCGGUUGCAAGGUAGUUGGCACUUCAAAGGAUUUCCAGAAGAAGAAGAGGCAAAUGGGAAUGGCAUCCGAUUCAGAGGAUUCAUACAGCAGCAGCAGCAGCCAUCGAAAUUAUCUCAAGAACAGCAACAACAACAACAAAGUCCAAAGCUUUAGCCCAUCAACACCCCCACCAACAUCGGUUAAUUACCGAACUGCUAAACGAAGAAAGGGGAUUCCACAUAGAGCCCCAAUGGCAGGUCUAAUCAUAGAAUAUUAAGCCAUACUAUUUAACUAUUAUUGCCCCACAUAUACAAAGGUAAUUAUCUUGUAUAUAGAAGCAGCAAUGGUGAACAAAAAGGGGAUAAACAAGUGGUAUAAUAUGCUCCAAAUCUCAAGGACUUGAAUGGUAUUAUAAAACUUUUUUUUUUGUUUUGGUCUUUUUUAUUAGUUUAGGGCUUAGGGUUUCAUUUUUAGGGUGGGUUUAUACAUAUAAGUUUCUCUUCCUUGUUUUUUUUUGAACAAAUAGUAAUGGGGGAUGAAAAAUGUAAAUAGGGUUUUCUUUUCUUCUUUUCUUAUGGUUUUAGAGAAAAAAGGUAGUGAAAAAUAAAGAAAUAGAAGCCAUGUGUUGUAAUGUUUAUAAAUGGAAUGAAAAUGAAGAAGAUUUAACUUCGUUUGUUGUA